AUGCCUCCAAAAGGAUCUGCUGCUCCUGGGUGUACCAUAAUAGCAAUUCUCAUAGCCGCGAUCGUGGGGCUUUUGUUGUUGGUUCUUCGUCAACUCCCCGCACCAUAUAUCAAGACAGUUUUGAUUGGCGAACAAUCAUUACAAUAUCUCUGCUCCAAUCCCGAUUCCUCAAGCUCGCCAGAAGUAACCACAACCUUCCGUCAAAUACCAGUCCUAGAGGACUUCUCACCAUCCCGAGAUGAAGAAUGGCAUAACGAAGUGUUGACCCGCAAAGGAGGCUUUCUUUGGGUCAAAUACAACGAGUCAUCAAAUGAAGCCUGGGGUAUCUCUAUGUUCCAUGGACUGCAUUGCUUGAAGAUGCUCCGUAUGGCAUUGCAACAAAGCCCGAUGGUACAAAAUAUGGUUGAGAAGGAAGGGACCGUGCCACUUCAUCAGCAUAAAGGGACAACGCAUCAUCCAGAUAUGGAUCCUACUCAUCUUGGACACUGUGUAGGAUAUCUUGCCCAGCACCUGCUUUGCGCGGCAGACGAUACCCUUGAGCCACCAUGGCUCUCCUUCAAUGACAAAGGCGAUGUUAUCGAUGCUGGUGUAGAUGGAGAGGGGUUCAGGCAUAAAUGUCGUGAUUCGAGUUUGCUAUGGAGCACUGCAGCGAACUCCGAGUCAAUUCCGGUAGAUCCAUGGGGGUGGAAAUUGGAUGAUACUGUGAAUGGCGUCUUUCAAGAUAGGGAUUAA